AAGCAUUAAAUAUUGAUAGUUUAAGUUAGUCGUUAUUAUUCGUUACUAAAGUCUCUAAAAAAAGUUACAAUUAUGUCAAGACUUGCUGUACUAUUGUGCGCUACUUUUGCCAUUAGUGUCUCAUCCAUUACAACAGUCGAUAAUGAAGACGAAAAUAUUUCUCAAUCAUAUUUAACUAUCAGAUAUGAAAACAUUUUGUCUAAUCUCAGUAAAUCAGAUGACGAUGCCCUGUCCAGUGCAUUUAAAGAAAUGAGUCGGGUUAAACUUGUAGUGAAUGUAACACUACACAAGGAGAAUGAAACCCUUUUCACUGACCUGCGCAAUUUCGAAGACAAUAAUGUUGUAGAAGAAAUAAAAGACAAAGGACCAGAAUGUCUCCAACUAUCGGAAAGUUAUGAGGAAACUAAAAGAAAUUAUUUCUUGGAAUAUUCUACUUGCUUAAAAAAAAUAAAUGAAACCCUUAUGAAUAAAACUGCAACUCUUUAUGGCGAAUAUCGUUCAUUUUGGUUCAAUUUGGUUAAUACAAAUGUUGAAUAUGCUUGCACAGAUUUCGAAGAAGUGGAAAACAGUUCAAAAUUAAAUGAUUGUCUCACAAAGCUAAAAGCAACAGUAGAUAAAAUUGAAGAAGAAUACUUUUCAACAAUAGAGGGCAAAAUAACUAGUUUAUCAAAUAAAAUAUAUUCCUUAUCUUCAUCAGAAUUGUCUGCAUGUAAUAAUAUUUAUAACUCUAAUAAGUUUCAACUACAAACGAAACUUACAGACUGUAUUCAGUCUAAUAUUUUUUACGUCUAAAAUAUAUUUUCUAAAAUUCUUGUGCUUCUUAUGAACACUUCUUAAAAAAUAAUUAAAAAUUAGAAAAACUA